AUUUUAAUCCAUAAUACAAAGUACACACUUCAAAGUUCGGCUCAACCUACUAUAAACUCAUUGGAAUUGUUAAGGAGAAAUCUUUGAAUUGUGAGUUUCAUGCAUUUGGUUUAAGAUUUAAUUCAAGCAGGAGUUAAGCAUGAAGACUGUGCAAGGCUUCUGCAUCCUUUUCGUGCUGCAGCUAUGUCUCCUUGACUCUGGGAGGACGGGCAAAGUUCUUGUAUGGCCUAUGGAUUUUAGUCACUGGAUUAAUUUACAGGUUAUUCUAGAAGAGCUUCACCUUCGUGGGCAUGAGAUAACUCUCCUGGUACCGUCACAAAGUCCUGUGAUUGAUCGUACGAAGAUUCCCUAUCAUGUGGAGAUCCUCCAGGUUUCAGUGACUAAAGAAAUUUUCAUAGAAGAGCUCAGUACCAUGCUCUAUGAAGAAAUUUUUGAACUGCCAAAACUCUCAUGGUGGGAAGUGCAAAUAAAACUGGCAAACCUGGACAAAAAAUUUUUAUUAACAAGCAAAAGAGUGUGUGACAGUGCUAUCACAAACAAGGAGUUACUCGGCAGGCUACAGGCAGCCAAGUUUGAUGUCUGUAUUGCCGACCCUUUAAGUUUUUGUGGGGAACUUGUGUCUGAACUCCUGAAUAUUCCAUUUAUAUACACUUUUCGGUUUUUCUCUGGGAAUGUCAUUGAAAGACUGUGUGCUGGGCUUCCUAUGCCUCCUUCAUAUGUUCCUGGUGUCACAUCAAGACUGACAGACAAGAUGACUUUUAUACGGAGGCUGGAGAACUGGUUACUGUAUACAGUGAGUGAUAUAAUAUAUUCAUAUUAUGUAUUUCCAGAAUGGGAUGAAUAUUACAGCAAGGUUUUAGGAAAACCCACCACACUAUGUGAGACUAUGGGGAAAGCUGACAUGUGGUUGUUUCGAAGUUACUGGGAUUUUGAAUUUCCUCAACCUUACUUGCCUAAUACUGAAUUUGUCGGAGGACUGCACUGCAAGCCUGCAAAGCCCCUACCUAAGGAGCUCGAAGAGUUUGUUCAAAGCUCUGGAGAAGAUGGAGUUGUGGUGUUUACUCUGGGGUCAAUGAUCAAAAACCUCUCAGAAGAAAAGUCUAAUAUGAUUGCAUCAGCCCUUGCCCAGAUUCCACAGAAGGUUCUGUGGAGAUACACAGGAAAGAAACCAGAAACACUAGGAGCCAAUACCCGGCUAUAUGAAUGGAUUCCACAGAAUGAUCUUCUUGGUCAUCCCAGAACCAGAGCUUUUAUCACUCACUGUGGAACCAACGGGAUCUAUGAAGCUAUUUACCAUGGGGUCCCUAUGGUUGGAAUUCCUUUGUUUGGUGACCAGCAUGAUAAUGUUGCUCGUAUGAAAGCCAAAGGAGCAGCUGUUGCAGUAGACUUGCAAAGACUGACAAGUGCAGAUCUACUUAAUGCAUUGAAAGCAGUUAUUAACAACCCUUCCUAUAAGGACAAUGCUAUGAAGUUAUCAAGGAUUCACCAUGAUCAACCUGUAAAACCCCUGGACCGAGCAGUCUUCUGGGUUGAGUUUGUCAUGCGCCACAAAGGAGCCAAGCACCUUCGACCAGCCUUCCAUGACCUCACCUGGUUCCAGCACCACUCUUUGGAUGUGAUUGGCUUCCUGCUAGCUUGUGCGGCACCUGUUGUAUUCCUGGUCACUAAAUGUUGCCUGUUUUGUUACUGGAAGUUUGGUAAGACUGCAAAGAAGACAAAGAGAGAGUAGUCUUUCUCUGCCUUUUUUUUUUUUUUUUUUUUUUAACAGUUGAACUAGAAACCUUGACAGAGUCCAUCUGAAUAAUCCAGCCACUGAUCUGAAAAGAUUUCUCUCCUGUUUUUCUGGGUUCUUUUCUAUUCUUCAACUUAUCAUGUCAAAUAUCAAAGACUCACUCCAAAAAUAUGCCACAUGAUUCAGAAUUAAGGUUUGAAAUAAUCUAUUCUUUACAAAGAUAUGACAGAUGAAUAAACAUGUGGAAAUUGUUACCAUUGA